AUGUCCAAAAGAGCUGCCGACGCGUCUGAGGAGCACUCCGCUGCCCUCAAGGCCGGAGAGCGGCCGGUCGCCGAUGACAUUCCGGAUGAGGUGGGGGAGUUUGAAGAUGAGUUCGAGGAUGAAUUCGAGAGUGAGGACGAGAUUUUGGAAGCAGGCGUCGAUGGGAGACCUGAUGCGGAGCGCGAGGAAGAGGAAAAAGACGCUAUGGAGGUUGACAAGCAGACAUUUAUCCCUGGAAGAACAAAACUAGCUCCUGGAGAGGUACUGUCUCCGGAUCCGUCUACGUACGACAUGUUACACACGCUCAGCACACCAUGGCCUUGCCUCUCAUUUGACAUUGUGCGCGAUUCCCUUGGCGACAACCGAAAGACAUACCCUGCGACGGUCUACGCAGUUUCUGGUACACAGGCGGCGGGAGGAAGAUCAAAGGAGAACGAACUGCUGGUGAUCAAGAUGAGCGGUCUCAGCAAGAUGGAGAAAGAGAACGAUACAGAUUCGGAGAGUGAUUCUGAUUCAGAUGAUGAUUCCGAUGAGCCGAUUCUCGAGUCGAAGAGCAUUCCUCUCGGAUCAACAACGAACAGAAUCCGCGCCCACCAAACCCCUUCCCAGUCCGCGGACUACUCCAGGCCGCCACAGACCAUCACGGCGACCAUGCUCGAAAACUCCCAGGUCGUCAUCCACGAUGUGACUCCUUAUCUGACCAGCUUCGACGUCCCUGGCACAGUAUUGCCUCCUUCAGCCUCCAAGCCGCUCUCAACCCUGCGCAUGCACAAGUCCGAGGGCUACGCUCUGGACUGGUCCCCACUCCAGCCCCUUGGAAAGUUGUUGACUGGUGACAAUGACGGAUUCAUCUACGUUACAACACGCACUGAAGGAGGAGGUUGGGUCACAGACUCCCGGCCAUUCACCGGCCACACAUCUUCUGUCGAAGAGCUACAAUGGUCACCAAAUGAGCGCAAUGUGUUUGCUUCCGCCAGCAGCGACGGAAGCGUGAAAGUCUGGGACGUCCGGUCAAAGUCACGCAAGCCCGCCGUUGACGUCAAGGUCUCCAACACAGACGUCAAUGUCAUGAGCUGGUCGAACCAGACCUUCCAUCUCCUUGCCACGGGUGCUGACGAUGGGCAAUGGGCGGUCUGGGAUCUGAGACACUGGAAGCCGAAUGCGUCCGCCCCGUCGGCACAGAUCAAAGCAUCGCCAGUCGCAGCUUUCGACUUCCAUCGUGAGCCCGUCACCAGUAUCGAGUGGCACCCCACAGACGACAGUGUUGUUGCUGUCGGUUCUGCCGAUAAUACCGUCACCCUCUGGGAUCUGGCUGUGGAGCUUGAUGAAGAAGAGAGUCGCGAGGCUGGCCUGGCUGAAGUGCCUCCCCAGCUGUUGUUCGUUCAUUACAUGGAGUCUGUCAAGGAGGUUCAUUGGCAGGCUCAGAUGCCUGGUACCGUCAUGGCGACAGGCAGCUCUGGAUUCAGUGUCUUCAAGACGAUCAUGACAUUCGUCCUUGAAGCGGCAGAUGAUUCUGCGGAAGGGGAAGAGACAGAUGCGCCGCAAGACUCUCACGAUGAAGCACCGCCUUCAGAACAGAUUCCAGCAACACCUAGUGCUGUAUUUCCGGAUAUAGCAUCUCUACUCCUACCAGGACCAACGAAGCCUUACGAUUCAGUGAUUGAAAGCCACCCGCUAGACCUCCCAGCACCUCCCCCAUCGAUACCUGACGAAACCCAACUGAUACUUCCCUCAUCUACUGCCAUCUCGCCAAAUGCACUGAAUAACAUAGUUUCUCCUUUGCCAUCAACAGCAUGGACAGAUGCGACAUCCUCAUGGAGUCCGAUAAGCCCGCGGGCGAUCGCUUCGCCAAAGUUGUCCUCGCGAGAGGCAUACUUGUUACGUUCUUUCAUCUCCAAGAUAGCUCCUUGGACCGACAUAUGCGACUCGCGCUCUCAUUUUUCAACCGAGGUACCACGCCGGGCAUUGGAAGUGCCUAUGGUCCUCAAGGCCGUUCUAGCUCUCGCAGCCAGACAUGACGCCAUCCUGUCGGACUCUAGCGACUGGGAAGCCGCCGAAUAUCACGGUCAGUGUCUGGAGCUCUUGAUCGCUGCGCUGGCGCAGCCGGAGGAUACAUACGACGACAACCUCCUUAUCACGGUCGUGAUUCUCCGUAUCUACGAGGAACUGGAAAGCAACAACGACGAGAAGUACCAUUUGUUCGGCUCAAACCGCCUCCUCAACACCAUGUCCAGAUCAGCGUCAUCCGGGGGCCUAGCCGAAGCAGUGAGCUGGCAGUUCCUGCGGCAGGCGAUAUACGCAUCUGUCGUCCAGCAUCAACCUAUGCAGCUGGACCUGGAGAACUAUGAGCGCUCGGCUGUCUUUCAUCGCCGCGACGAUGCUGCGUAUGCCAAUGUCAUCAUCUACCUCUGUGCUCGGAUUCUGCAGUGCGGAGGAGCGCAUACUCGUGGCAUGGACGAGAAGACAUGGCGCCAACUCUCUGAUAGUGUCGAGCAAUGGCAUCGAGCAAAGCCAAUCAGUUGGCAACCGUUGAAGUACAAACCAGCGGACGUUGCGGAGAAUCGACCGUUCCCUGAGAUAUGGAUGAUGUCUCCGCCAGCAGUGGUCGGAAUGCAGUACUAUCACACCUCCUGUAUAUUUCUCACUUUGUCAAAUCGACACUGGCAAGCUGCGAGCGACUACGAGCUGGCUCGUUCGCAACGUAUAGUAGAGAAUACAAUCGCAUCACAUCUUAACAUGGUCAUCGGCUUGUCCAUGUCAAAUGAGACAGUCGAGAAUGCAUACUUUAUGGCGUGCCAUUUAUUACACCGCUAUGGGUACUGCCUGCGACAUCCUCUCGAACAACGCGGGUCAUUACGCUUCUUGGCCCAUGUGGAAAAGACAGUGGGUUGGCGGACGCGAUGGAUGAUACGCGAGCUGGAGAAACAGUGGAGUGAGCUGCGGGGACUGGACACGUGGGGAGAAAGCCAUGACUAG